AUGGCUCAAACACCCCCCCCACCACAGUUCCAGGCCCAAGAAAUGUCUUUUCCUUCCUAUCCAGGCAGAGAUCAAAAUGAUAUGGAUGGAGCCAUUACCCUUGCCCAAUUGUUGGGGAAUACAAGUCCUCAACUUGAAGGCGACGAUGACUUACCAUUCGCCGACACCACCCACUUCGUCAAUAUGACGAGCUGGGAUCCUCCAGCUCUCUCAGAAGCCACUCCUCAAGGCUCUAUGCCAGACCCUUUGUUGUCUGAUGGGUUCUCUGUACUCGAGGAUACUCUUAGCUCAUGGAGUCCCGCGCUCGACACACCAGCAAGUAACAAAGAUUUUCUUCAAACCUGUUUGGAGAUGACAGUGAGUUCAGUUCAAUCUUUGUUGACAAGGAUUGAAAAAUUAGAGGCUACUACUCUUGAAUUGAAGGCCUCUAAUGAUCAAUUGCGUCUACGGCUUGAGAAAAUAGAGAAUUCCAAUGAAGCAACCUCGGUGUUCUGUCAAAGAUUGGAGAAACACCAAGGAGAGUCUUCCCAAGUUUUGUUUGACGUUUUGACGUUGCUCAAGAAGAAGAAGCACACCGAUGGCAACAAGCUUCCCCAAUUCGAAUACCACAUCCUCACAAACAUGAUGGAUCCCCCAGUACCGUCCCCAAGCAUGAUCUUCAUUGAUCAGUUGGCCAUCGAAGCCUUCGAUAGCCGCCUUUAUUGGCUUGAUGAUUUUCAUAGUCGCUUCGAGGAGCAGGAUUGA